AUGAAACUCUGUACAAACUGGCCAUGUAUGCCAGAUACCUAUGCCGAAUUCCAAAAGCACUUGUCGCUAUAUUUCCCCAAAAUCAUUGACCUCAAGGCAAUGAUGAAUGAAUACAAGUACCUCAAGGGUGGUCUCCAAGAGUUAGCGGACGCCAUGCGUGUACCUAGAAUUGGAUUGCAACAUCAGGCUGGCAGUGAUGCUAUGCUUACUGGAGAGACGUUUUUCCGAUUUAUUGAGGUAAGUUGA